CUUCUACGAUCAAAACUGCGCGUGCUCUAUCGCCGUUUGUGCUAACUGCGCAUGCGCGGGCGGUUGUAACCGUCAGGGCAAGGAAAGAACCCGAAGAGUUCAAAGCCAAGCUCGGGACCCCGCCCCUCCUCCCUGAGUAACCGUCGUUAUCCUGCCGUUGGCCGGGUGACGUUCGCCUCAGUUGCCUUAUCGGCCCCGACCUGUCUGGGCGAGGAUGCCCGGCUUCUUCUCCCGGACCGGCUCUGGCGGGUACGGGACGGAGCAAGCAGGAUGCAGGCGCCGCCGCUGCAAUACGAGUUUUUCAGCGAAGAGAAUGCGCCCAAGUGGCGAGGUCUGCUUGUGGCCGCCCUUAAAAAGGUUCAGAUGCAGGUGCACCCUAAACUAUCAUCUACUGAAGAUGCUCUGCAGUAUGUUGAGGAGUUAAUUCUACAAUUGUUAAAUAUGCUGUGCCAAGCUCAACCAAGAAGCGUCCUUGAUGUUGAGGACCGUGUACAAAAAAGUUUUCCCCAUCCUAUUGAUAAGUGGGCAAUAGCGGAUGCUCAGUCUGCAAUUGAAAAGAGAAAGAGAAGAAAUCCAUUAUUCCUCCCAGUAGAAAAAAUUCACCCUUUGUUAAAAGAAGUUCUAGGUUAUAAAGUUGACCAUCAAGUAUCUGUUUACAUAGUAGCAGUAUUAGAAUACAUUUCUGCAGAUAUCUUAAAGUUGGUUGGGAAUUAUGUUCGAAAUAUAAGACAUUAUGAAAUAACAAAACAAGAUAUUAAGGUCGCAAUGUGUGCUGAUAAGGUGUUGAUGGAUAUGUUUCAUCAGGAUGUAGAAGAUAUUAGUACACUGACUUUGUCUGAUGAAGAACCCUCUGCUUCAGGGGAACAAACCUACUAUGAUCUUGUGAAAUCAUUCAUGGCAGAAGUCCGGCAGUAUAUAAGGGAGCUAAAUCUUGUAAUAAAAGUUUUUAGAGAACCUUUUAUUACAAACAUCAAAUUGUUUUCAGGUCAUGAUGUAGAAAAUAUAUUCAGUCGAAUAUCAGAUAUUCAUGAACUUAGUGUGAAGUUGUUGGGCCAUAUUGAAGAUACAGUAGAAAUGACAGAUGAAGGCAGUCCCCAUCCUUUAGUAGGAAGCUGUUUUGAAGAUUUAGCUGAGGAACUGGCAUUUGAUCCUUACGAAACAUACACUCAAGAUGUUUUACGGACUGGUUUUCAUGACCAUUUUCUUAGCCAGUUAUCAAAGCCUGGAGCAGCAUUCUAUUUACAGUCUAUAGGAGAUGGUUUUAAGGAAGCUGUUCAGUAUGUUUUGCCCAGGCUGCUUCUAGUUCCUGUUUACCAUUGCCUUCACUAUUUUGAAUUUUUAAAGCAAUUAGAAGAGAAAAGUGAAGAUGAAGAAGACAAAGAGUGUUUGAAGCAAGCAAUUACAGCCCUGCUUAAUCUUCAGAGUAGUAUGGAAAGGACAUGUUCAAAAAGUCUUGCGAAAAGAAGGCUUAGUGAAUCUGCAUGCCGAUUUUAUAGUCAGCAAAUGAAGGGAAAGCAACUAGCAAUUAAGAAAAUGAAUGAAAUCCAGAAGAACAUUGAUGGUUGGGAGGGUAAAGACAUUGGACAGUGCUGCAAUGAGUUUAUAAUGGAGGGGACUCUCACACGUGUCGGUGCAAAGCAUGAGAGACAUAUAUUUCUCUUUGAUGGUCUAAUGAUCUGUUGUAAAUCAAAUCAUGGCCAACCAAGACUUCCUGGUGCUAGUAAUGCAGAAUAUCGUCUGAAAGAAAAGUUUUUCAUGCGAAAGGUACAGAUCAAUGAUAAAGAUGACACUAAUGAAUACAAGCAUGCCUUUGAAAUCAUUUUAAAAGAUGAGAACAGUGUUAUUUUUGCUGCUAAAUCGGCUGAAGAGAAAAACAACUGGAUGGCAGCCUUGAUCUCUUUGCAGUACAGAAGCACUCUGGAGCGCAUGUUAGAUGCAACAAUGUUACAGGAAGAGAAGGAAGAGCAGAUGAGGUUUCCAAGCCCUGAACUUUAUAGGUUCGCAGAACCUGAUUCUGAAGAGAAUAUUGUUUUUGAAGAGAACAUGCAGCCCAAAUCUGGAAUUCCUAUUAUCAAGGCAGGAACUGUUGUUAAACUGAUUGAGAGACUUACGUACCAUAUGUACGCAGAUCCCAACUUUGUUCGAACAUUUCUUACAACAUACAGAUCUUUUUGUAAACCUCAGGAAUUAUUGAGUCUCCUGAUAGAAAGAUUUGAAAUUCCAGAACCUGAACCAACAGAAGCAGACCGCAUAGCUAUGGAGAAUGGAGAUCAGCCUCUUAGUGCAGAGUUAAAAAGAUUUAGAAAGGAAUAUAUACAACCUGUACAGCUGAGAGUAUUAAAUGUUUGCCGACACUGGGUAGAGCAUCACUUCUAUGACUUUGAGAGAGAUGUAGAUCUUUUGCAACGAUUGGAAGAGUUCAUUGGCACUGUCAGAGGCAAAGCUAUGAAGAAGUGGGUUGAGUCAAUCACUAAAAUAAUCCAUAGAAAAAAACAAGCACAAGCUAUUGGGCCAAGUCACAACAUAACCUUUGAAAGCUCACCACCUACAAUUGAGUGGCAUAUAAGCAGGCCAGGACAAAUUGAAACAUUUGACCUCCUCACUUUACAUCCAAUAGAAAUUGCUCGACAGCUCACUCUGCUUGAAUCUGAACUUUACAGAGCUGUGCAACCCUCAGAGCUUGUAGGAAGUGUAUGGACGAAAGAAGAUAAAGAAAUUAAUUCUCCUAACCUUCUUAAGAUGAUACGACACACUACUAAUCUCACAUUAUGGCUUGAGAAAUGCAUUGUAGAAACAGAGAACCUAGAAGAAAGAGUAAUUGUAGUAAAUCGGAUAAUUGAGAUCUUGCAAGUUUUCCAAGAACUAAAUAAUUUUAACGGUGUCCUUGAGGUUGUUAGCGCUAUCAACUCCGCUCCUAUUUACAGAUUGGAUCAUACAUUUGAACAAAUCCCAAGCCGCCAGAAGAAGAUUUUAGAAGAAGCUCAUGAACUGAGUGAAGAUCAUCAUAAGAAAUACUUGGCAAAACUCAGGUCUAUUAAUCCUCCAUGUGUGCCUUUCUUUGGAAUUUAUUUAACCAACAUCUUGAAAACAGAAGAAGGCAAUCCUGAAUUUCUAAAACGACAUGGGAAAGAGCUAAUCAAUUUCAGCAAACGGAGGAAAGUGGCUGAGAUAACGGGGGAAAUCCAACAGUACCAAAAUCAACCAUACUGCCUAAGAGUAGAAACCGACAUCAGGAGGUUUUUUGAAAAUCUAAAUCCAAUGGGAAACAUCAUGGAAAAAGAAUUUUCAGAUUAUCUAUUCAACAAGUCUCUAGAGAUAGAACCACGCAAUGUAAAGCCACCCCCAAGAUUUCAAAAAAAAUACAACUAUUCCCUCAAAUCUCCGGGUGUUCGUCCUUCAAAUCAAAGGCCAGGCACAAUGAGGCACCCUACACCUCUGCAACAGGAACCAAGAAAAAUCAGUUACAGUCGUGUUCCCGAGAGUGAAACUGAGAGUGCUGCUUCUGCACCAAACUCUCCACGAACACCACUCACCCCACCACCUCCUCCCACUUCCAGCACUACUGAUGUCUGCAGUGUAUUUGAUUCCGAUCCCUCAACCCCUUUUCAUUCAAGAUCUGCUUCUGUGUCCUCCAUAACUUUUCCUAAAAGCUCUGAUGAAAUGGCUGUUCCUCCUCCCAUUCCUCCCCGAAGACGUCCAGAAUCUGCACCUGCAGAAUCUUCUCCUUCAAAGGUUUCUUCUGCACAUCUGGACAGUCCACCAGCAAUUCCUCCUCGGCAACCAACAUCUAAAAUUUAUUCGCCACGGUACUCAGUACCAGACAGGACCUCCAUAUCUGACCCCCCAGAAAGUCCACCUGUAUUGCCGCCACGAGAGCCUGUACGAACUCCUGAUGUGUUCUCUAGUUCACCGCUACAUCUCCAGCCACCACCCUUAGGCAGAAAAAGUGAAGUUGGCAACACUUUCUUUCCCAAUAGUCCGUCUCCAUUUACUCCGCCUCCCCCUCAAACACCUUCUCCUCACGUACCACGGAGGCAUUUACCAUCACCUCCUUUGAUACCCCAAGAUACGGACCUCCAUUCUGUUGCUGGGCCACCUGUUCCUCCACGGCAAAGCACUUCUCAACAUAUCCCAAAGCUUCCUCCAAAAACUUACAAAAGGGAGCACACACAUCCAUCCAUGCAUCGUGAUGGACCCCCUUUGCUGGAGAAUGCCCACUCCACAUGAAUACUCUCUUGAGCUGGAGGUCAUGCUUUUCCUGGUGUCAAGUCUGUUGCUGGCAAUAGAUGCACCAAGGAGUUAUGUUGCUCCUAACACUAAAGACUCUACAAUACAUUUGAUACAUGGUGUACAAAAAAUUAAUAGCAGGCCCCUUAUUGUGAAACUCUUGCUGUUUGUUAGUAUAGUAUGCAGGGCACUGUUCUAUAGUCACUGGACAUCUGAAUGUACCAGAAACCAGACUUCAGAUCACUUCAGGCCAAUAAGCAGACACUGCUUCAUGUAAUGUCUAACAAGGGAUGGGAAAUAUGGUCCUGUAAUCAUCUGUCCACUGCAACAUGAGUUCUUCAAGUGAAAAAAUGAAUUGCAGAAUCUCAGACAGGGAACUCAAGUGAUUAUCUUAAAUUUUCUUUUGUUUCAUUCCCUGAUUUAAAAUCAUGAACUGGACUGUGAGGAAGAUCUGUGGUACUGAACCAACAUAGAGCUAAGGUAUAGCACUGUACUACAGCCCUGUUUACAAACUGUUACAGUUAACUGCUACAUAUAUGGGUACCUAGGCUUCACCAAAGAGGUACUUUCCUUCUUUCCUUAUGAUCGUUAUGGUGCCAGUUCAAAAAACAAUUGCCAGGAAGCAGAAAGCUUAACUUUUGCCUUCUUCAAACAAGUGAGAUUUAAGUCUUAGAUUAAUGAUGCAAUCUGAGAUACACUGCUGUUGUUCAGAGUAAAAUCUGUUCCUACAUUCAAAAGACUGUUAAAUAUAGACUAGGUGGUCUUAAGGUUUACCAGUAACCCACUUCGUGGCUGAUAGUGUAUCUUUGACUAUGCCAUGGAAAUGCAAAGGAUGAUCCACUGGCCAUAUUCCCUAGUUAUUACCAUGUUUUAACUAGCAGUAGGUAGAUAAAAUAAUCAGCACCCAUAGAUUUGCCUUGUAGUUGCAUAAAUCAUGUGUAUAUAGUGAAUGUUGCAUAAAUAUACUUGCAAAUUGUUUUUAAUUUAAUUGAAAUAAAGAUACAGAUAUUUUGUCUGGCUGA